GGAGACGACAUGUCGAAGCGCAAUCUUCUGUUGUGUUUUUAUGCCUUUGGUACUCUCAUCAGACCUGCUCGCCCUGUUGUGCAGCAGUACGCAGAGAUUGCAAGGCAGUGUGGCGUGACUGAUUUUGAUGAUCAUGAACUUCAGUCUUCGCUGUUGGCCGCCUUCAAGAAGGAGGCUGCAAAGAAUCCCAACUAUGGAAAGGCGACUGGUCUAGGCGCGACCAAGUGGUGGACCAAUGUCAUUCACAAUACCUUUACACCCCUAAUUCGGAACAAUCAACCCCUGCCAAAGGAACUGGCUCCAGCGCUUCUCCAUCGAUUCGCAACCAAAGACGGCUAUGAUACCGAGCCGAACCUGGUGUCCGCCCUCAAAGCUCUCAGACGAAAAAAGUCCCAAUUGCACUUCGACAAAGUCGUAAUUGGAGUCGUUACAAACUCUGACGAUCGCAUUCCAAGUAUUCUUUCAUCGCUGGGUCUUGACGUGAGCCCCCUGCGAUAUGGCACGGAGGUGGAUCCAAAAGAGAUCGCGGGACAAGAAUAUGACAUUGACUUCCACUGCAUGUCAUAUGAUGUUGGUGUUGAGAAGCCAGACAAGCUCAUUUUUAAUGCCGCUGAGCUCAUGCUGGCCGAAAUCAUCGCCAUGCGAAAUGGCAAGAGUCCAGCUGAAGCCAGGGCGGACACUGAAUCAUGGCGAAAGGUUCAUGUCGGUGAUGAGUAUGCAAAAGACGUCGUCGGAGCCGCCAAUGCCGGUUGGAAAUCGGUCCUGCUCGAUGGCGAAGAGGAAGCUGCCACUAUUCCCAGGCUAGAGGAUCACCCAGAUCACACACUCGAGAGACUUUACAAGGAGAACGAUGUUGUCAAGGUCGAUUCUCUUCAAAACUUGGUCGCAUGGCUCACGAAUGAUGUUCCCAUCAAAUGA